CAUGUCUCAAGUUCCGACUGGUACCAACAACUGGUGGAAAGAAGCCACCAUCUACCAAGUUUAUCCCGCUUCUUUCUGCGACUCCAAUGGCGAUGGCUGGGGCGAUAUACCCGGGCUGAUAUCCAAAAUCCCCUAUCUUCAUUCCCUUGGGAUUGACGUCGUCUGGCUCUCGCCCAUGUACGCCUCGCCUAUGUUGGACAUGGGCUACGAUGUAUCCGAUUAUGAACAGGUACUUCCAGAAUAUGGCACCGUGCAAGACGUUGAACUGCUGCUCCAAGAGUGUCAUGGGCACGGCAUGAAGCUCAUCCUGGACCUGGUCAUUAACCAUACCAGCGAUCAGCACGAAUGGUUCAAGGAAAGCCGAUCCAGUCGAGACAACCCCAAACGGGAUUGGUAUUUCUGGAAACCUCCGCGGUAUGAUGAAAGUGGAAAUCGGAUCCCUCCGACUAACUAUCGUGGCUAUUUUGCUGGCAGUACCUGGACAUGGGACGAACAUACCCAAGAAUAUUAUCUCCAUCUGUAUGCCAAAGAACAGCCAGAUCUCAAUUGGGACAAUCCUUCGGCCCGACAAGCCAUCUAUAACAGCGCUAUCCGUUUCUGGCUGGACAAAGGCGUCGAUGGUUUUCGUGUGGAUACGGUCAACAAGUAUAGCAAGCGGACCGAUUUCCCCGAUGCUCCCAUCACCGACCCGAAAAGUGAUAUUCAACCCGCCGUCCAGAUGUGGUGUAACGGUCCUCGCAUCCAUGAGUUUCUCCGUGAGAUGUACGACGAGGUUCUCCAGCCGUACGGCGAUGUCGUGACGGUCGGCGAGCUGGCCAAUACCCCUGAUCCAGCCCAUGUGCUACAGUACGUCGGCGCUGCUGCCAAACAGCUAAGUAUGGUCUUUCAUCUCGACAUCGGACAUAUCGGAAUGGGACCAAGCUUGGAGGAAAAGUACUGCUUUCGGCCAUGGAAAUUGACCGAAAUGAAAGCCAUUGUGAGUAAAUGGCAGUCGUUUGUCCAAGGGACCGACGGGUGGACGACGGCCUUUUGCGAGAACCACGACAACGGCCGUUCUGUCUCGCGGUUUGCAUCGGAUGAGCCACAGUGGCGCGAGGCAUCAGCCAAGAUGCUCGCUGUGAUGAUGCUGGCCAUGACUGGAACCUUGUUUCUGUAUCAGGGACAAGAGAUUGGGAUGAUCAACGCCCCGCACGACUGGUCCAUCGGUGAAUACAAGGACAUUGAGGGACUGGGGUAUUACCGCGAGGCAGAGCGUCAGAGGGAAGAGGGUGCUGACCCGACACGUCCGGAGCGCGUCAUGGAUGGACUGCGAAUUCUCGCGAGAGAUCACGCCCGAUUGCCCAUGCAGUGGGAUGAUUCCCCCAAUGCAGGAUUCACGACCGGCACGCCAUGGAUGCGGACACACGAUCUGUACCGGGAGAUCAAUGUGCGUAAGCAACAGAAUGACCCAGACAGUGUGCUCUCCUUCUGGAAGAAGGCAUUGCGGUUGCGAAAGGAGUAUCGUGACCUAUUCAUCCAUGGGGCUUUUGAAGUUGUGGACUUUGAGAACGAGGAGACUUUCUGCUUCACCAAGUCAAGAGGUACUAGAAAGGCUUUGGUGGUGUUGAAUUUCACGUCGAGGCCGCAGCCUUUGAACGUGGGAGUGUCUGGCAUGAAUGAGGUGAUCAGCAGUUAUACGGAGUCUGGGGAAAUGCUGAAACCUUACGAGGGGAGAAUUUAUGUCUGAUGCUGUAUUCCGUGAUGAUCUAUUUUAGCCAACUACACUACAAGAUAUAUCAGGAUGAUCACAACAGUGAUGGGGACACUUUUAGAGACUUAUUGUAUUUAAUCUGUCAAUAUGCUUCGAUGUUGAAUGAGGAUGC